AUGGUGGAGAUUUGCGUGCACAUGGACUGUGCAGGUUGCGAGACCGAGAUUAAGAAAGCUCUUCAAAAGUUACCUGGAGUCGACGAUGUUGAUGUAGACAUGGGCAUGCAGAAGGUAACAGUGAUGGGUUGGGCAGACCAAAACAAGAUUUUGAGGACAGUGAGGAAGAUGGGUAAAAGGGCAGAGUUAUGGUCAUACCCAUAUAACCCUGAGUACCAUGGUUUUAUUCGCCAAUACAGCAACAGCAUCAUUAGCGGUAACUAUGAGACCAGUUAUAAUUAUGAGAGCAAAUUUUAUAAUCCUCUUACCUCGUCCUCUGCGAUGCCUACUGCUAAUAGCAAGGCUUCCUCGUACAACUACUACAAUCAUGGCUAUAACAAUGGUGAUGACUUUGGCUACUACCAACAGUCCAUUGGUUCCUCCAUUGUCAAUGACAAAGCUGUCACCUUGUUCAAUGACGAUAAUCCUCAUGCUUGUUCUAUUAUGUGA